AUAUUACAGAAGACGCCGUUGAGGAUUAAGCUCCCUUACUCAUCACUUAUUAGGAUCUUAUCCAACCAAAUCUCUUGUGAUUAUCCAUAAUUAUACGUUAAUCAUUUUGCUUCUCCACAUUAACACACCGCCGAGUUACUCUCACUUCUUCAGUUGAUUUCGUCUUGAGCUCGGCGAUUUACCAAUGGAGAAUUUAACUCUUCCUCAUGACUCCCUAUUUCUUGGAUUCGACAGCUCUACUCAGUCCUUGAAGGCAACUGUUCUGGACUCCAAUCUCAAUAUUGUCAAAUCAGACCUAGUUCAUUUUGACUCCGAUUUGCCCCAUUAUAAGACCAAAGAUGGAGUCUAUAGAGAUCCCUCUGAUAAUGGCAGAAUUGUUUCACCCACCUUGAUGUGGGUGGAAGCUCUUGAUCUCAUUCUACAGAGGCUCUUGAAAUCCGGUAUUGAUUUUGGGAAAAUUGCUGCUGUUUCUGGUAGCGGACAGCAACACGGUAGUGUUUAUUGGAAGAAAGGAAGUUCUGCAAUAUUAUCAUCGUUAGACUCCAGUAAGCCAUUGGUGGAUCAAUUAAGCAAUGCAUUUUCGAUCAAGGAAUCGCCUAUAUGGAUGGAUAGUAGCACCACUACGCAAUGUAGGGAGAUAGAGAAAGCUGUUGGUGGAGCAUUGGAGCUCUCCAGACUUACUGGCUCACGAGCUUAUGAAAGAUUCACUGGACCACAGAUCAGGAAGAUCUUUCAGUCACAGCCUGAAGCUUAUAAUGCUACAGAGAGGGUUUCUCUUGUUAGCUCUUUUAUGGCAUCCCUUUUUAUUGGAGCAUAUGCUUGCAUUGAUCACACUGAUGGUUCUGGGAUGAAUUUGAUGGAUAUAAAGCAGAAAGUCUGGUCUGAAAUAGCUUUAGAGGCCACAGCACCAGGGUUGAAGGAAAAACUUGGAAAAUUAGCCCCUGCCUAUGAUGUUGCAGGUCAUAUUGCUUCCUAUUUUGUAGAGAGGUAUAAAUUUAAUAAGGAUUGUUUGGUUGUUCAGUGGUCUGGGGACAAUCCCAACAGUUUAGCAGGUUUAACAGUUAGCGUUCCUGGGGAUCUGGCAAUUAGCCUGGGCACAAGUGAUACUGUUUUUGGGAUUGCUAUUGAUCCCCAACCUAGAUUAGAAGGGCAUGUUUUCCCUAAUCCUGUGGAUACAGAAGGUUACAUGGUAAUGUUAUGCUACAAAAAUGGGUCUCUGACUCGUGAAGAUAUUCGUAAUCGAUGUGCUGAGAAAUCUUGGGUAGUCUUCAACAAGCUUGUGGAGCAAACUCCACCUCUUAACGAUGGCAAGCUUGGUUUCUACUAUAAGGACCAUGAAAUUCUUCCUCCUCUUCCAGUUGGCUUCCAUCGCUACAAACUCCACAAUUUUACUGGUGACAGUCUAGAGGGAGUGAAUGUACAAGAGAUGCAGGAAUUUGAUCCUGCUUCCGAGGUCCGAGCAGUGAUUGAAGGCCAGUUCCUCUCAAUGCGAGCUCAUGCCGAAAGAUUUGGCAUGCCCAUCCCUCCAAAACGAAUAAUAGCCACCGGUGGAGCAUCAGCAAACCUUAGCAUCUUGAAUUUGGUGGCAUCAAUAUUUGGCUGUGAUGUCUACACUGUUCAAAGACCUGAUUCUGCGUCAUUAGGAGCUGCUCUGAGAGCUGCUCAUGGUUGGAUGUGCAGUAAAAAGGGUAGCUUUGUGCCAAUUGCAUCCUUAUACAAGGACAAGCUGGAGAUGUCAGCUCUCAACUGCAAGCUUUCAAUUAGUGCUUGGAGUCAAGAACUGACUUCUAAAUAUGCCUUAUUGAUGAAGAAGAGAAUAGAAAUAGAAAAUCAGCUUGUCCAAAAGCUGGGACGCUGCUGAAGUAGGAGCUGCCACAGCCACACUGUGAUGCCUCGAUCGUGGUCUUUGGAAAUGCUCAACAAUUGUGAACCCCAAAAAGAAACAAAUUAUAAUUCCUUUUGGUCGAAAUGCUUCUUUACAAUUACAUUACAUAUCAAUAAAAAGGAUUUUUAUUCUUUCAAA